UAUAAAAUGGCCAACCAGUCUACAGUGACAGAAUUUCUGCUGAUGGGAUUUUCCGAUGACCGAGAUGUGCAAAUGUUGUAUUUUGUGAUGUUUCUCUGCAUCUAUUUAAUGGCCUUCGUGGGGAAUUUUCUCAUCAUGACUUCUGUAGCUCUAAACCACCAGCUGCAUACCCCUAUGUACUUCUUUUUGGUCAACCUAUCAUUGUCAGAUGUUUGCUACAUCACAACCACCAUCCCCAAAUCCAUGGCCACUUCUUUGACAGACAACAGACUUAUUUCUUUUGCUGGAUGUGUUGCCCAGGUUUUCUCAGUUUUCACCUUUGCGGGUUCUGAACUCUCCUUGCUCACUAUCAUGGCUUAUGACCGUUAUGUUGCAAUCUGCCACCCUCUACAGUAUGGGCUAAUCAUGAACUGGGGUGCCUGCAUCCAAAUGGCAACUGCUUCCUGGAUAGCCAAUCUAAUCCAUGCAUCGUUACAGACUGCUGUCACUUUCAGGUUAAAUUUCUGUGCAUCCAAUAUUAUUGGGCAGUAUUUCUGUGAUGUCCCUAAAUUGCAAAAGAUUUCUUGUACUGAUACAAAAAUUAAUCAAAUUUUGAUUCUUGUCAUGGUGAUUAUAGUGGAUUCAUUAUGUAGUGGGUUCAUCUUUGUUUCCUAUGGGUACAUCUUCUCUGCUGUGCUCAGGAUCCCAUCUGUUGAAGGGAAAUAUAAAGCUUUCUCUACCUGCACUCCCCACCUCACUGUCUUUUCUUUAUUCAUCACCACAGCUGUGUUUUCAUACAUGAGGCCUAAAGCACUUUCUUCCACAACUAUGGACUUGCUCUCUGCAGUGUUGUAUACAGUUUUGCCACCAGUUCUUAAUCCCAUUAUUUACAGUUUCAGGAACAAAGACAUCCAAGAAGCAGUGUGGAAAAUACCAAAAAAAAUAAAUUAUCCCACACUUUUCAGCACAUUUCCCCAUCACUUUCCUAACCCCAAAUACUGUUCUUAA